AUGCUUUCUGAUGGAAGCCCGGGAAAAGAUGACCAAUUAGAAGUGGAGAAAAGGAGCUGCCUCUCUCCUGCCUCCAGCUGCCACAGCUUCUGCAGCUCGGAGCAGGAAUGCAGCACUACCAGCUUUAACAGUGACCUGGGUUCCCUGCCCAGCAUGGAGCAGGACUCAGUGCCCCCCAGCCUGGGCAGUAACAGCAGCUGGAAAGCUGAUGGCCCAGAGGAAGAGCCUCCCCACCUCUGCCAGGAAAGGGACCUCCCCCCAAGGCUGAGCCCUGCCCCAACCCUUCCCACAAGCCCAGAAGGGUCUUUACUGGAAACAAGUGGCUUACUACCACAUGAACCAACCAACCCAUCCAGGAGCAACGCUGACAGCAAGGCCUGGCUGGACCAACUGCACAGUUUCAGGAGGAGUGGAGUCCAGCACGUCUUCUUCCAAGGCAUAGCAUCCAAUAGGGAAACACAGCAGAAACCUGAGCUCAUCCUCAGAGGGAAGCUGAGUAUGGUGUGCACCACCAUGGAGGAGAACUUCCUGGAGGGCACCUUGCAUCUCCUGAAUGGGUUCAUCUCCUGCCAGCACUGUCCCCCCAAAGAUAUCAUGUCCCACCUGAUCAGACAAGUCCUGUUGAAUGCCCAUGAAGAGGAGAUCUUGAAGGACACCUACAUGCUGCUGCUGAAGAUCCAAAUGCUCCAUCCAGCCAACGCUGCCACAGUGGGAUGGGACUGGAUGCUGCUGAAAUUCAUCAUGCAGAACAGGGAAAAGCCCCCUGGCCAGCUCCUCUUCCUGCAGUACGUGGUGCAGACCCUGGAGGAUGACUUGCAGAAGAAUCUGAGGUUGCACCUGCUGCAGAAGUCGAUUGCCAAGAAAGUGCUUUUGUGUGACAUGUGCUACAACAAUGUUAAGGAAGUGGUCAAAUGGUUGGUUGCAGCUAUUACAGGAGUCGGGUUCUGCCAGUCCCAGGAGCAGCCGCAAGAUACUCCCUCCUCUUCAGCAGAAGUCAGGGCUGAACACAGCUCAUCUGCACCAAUUCUGGCCAGCAUACAAGGUCUGACAGCUUUCUUUGGCCAAAAGGUGAUGCUCCUGCUCCAGUGGAUGUUGUCCAUCACAGUAGAAGUGGACAGAUCUCCCACCUGGAGCUCCCGUAAGACUGCAGAUGAGAUAUUCCCGUUUAUACUGAAUGUCCCCCUGAGGAGCCAAAGGGAUGCUUUAUUAAAGGAGAGCCAGCUCCUGCACUGCAGACUGCUAGAGCUGUUGUUCCAGCACAGUUGUGAUGUGCCCUCAACCUCAUCCAUGUCUCUGGAGACGAUCCUGUAUUUCCUGAACCACUGCUCUGUGCUACUGCAUUUCGAGGAUGAAACAGCAACAUGGCAAAGAUGGAAUGAGAUGCUGCAGUACUUGAGUUUGCUGCCGAUGAGUUACCAAAGCGUAACACAGGAGCACCUGCAGAGCUCCCUCAGUGACUGGAUGGACUUGAUUGUUCAGAAAGCCAAGCCCAGACUCCAGGAGAGUGACAACAUCACCAACCUGGACAUUCAGGUGAAGAUGGAGGACUUCAUCAGCUGAAUGCAGGAGGUCCUGGGGCGGCCUUUUCCUCUACAAAUCUGGGAGAAAUUCCUGUUGCAAGAGUUGUUCUCUAUUGUCACUACUGCCUGA